AAGUUCAAGCAGAGGAGUGCUAGCAUCCUAACUUUUCCUCUGGGCUCAGUUCCAUUUGAAUAUUUAUUGAUCCCUCCCGUUAGACAGUUUCAAGUUGCACAGUGCUCACCUUUCUUACCGGAUAAAAAGAAAGGGAGGAAAUAUUUGGACUAUCUGUCUGUGCUCCUGAAGUGGCCUAGACAUGAAGACUCUUAUUAAAAUUGUGUCCAUCUGCCUGAUCAUCUCACAACUGACUGAUGGAAGGAAAUUCCGGGGCAACAGAGCAGACACUGAGCCUGGAAAGGGGAUGAAGACGUCCUAUGAACCUAAAUCAGUUUUCAGGCUCUACACUGAUGGGGAAUACAUAGAGGAUAUGUGCAGAGUUGAGCUCUUCCAGCUUCACACACUGGACGCUUGUGGUUUCAAUAGCAGCCAUCCUCUGGCUAUCAUCAUUCAUGGCUGGUCGGUGGACGGAAUGAUGGAGAAAUGGAUUUCCAGGUUGGCAUCAGCACUAAAGAGCUCAGAGGGAAGCAUCAAUGUGGUGAUUGCAGAUUGGCUGACUCUGGCACACCAGCACUAUCCUAUAGCAGCUCAGAACACACGCAUAGUGGGACAGGACAUUGCCCAUCUGCUGAGGUGGCUAGAGGAUUUCAAACAAUUUCCUUUGGGAAAAGUGCAUUUGAUUGGCUAUAGCCUUGGCGCUCAUAUAUCAGGAUUUGCUGGGAGUAACCUAGCUGUGUCUGGGAAAACCUUGGGAAGAAUAACUGGUUUGGAUCCUGCAGGUCCAUUGUUUGAGGGAAUGUCUCAUACUGACAGACUCUCACCUGAGGAUGCUAGGUUUGUGGAUGCCAUCCAUACAUUUACCCAACAGCGCAUGGGACUCAGUGUGGGCAUCAAACAGCCUGUUGCCCACUUUGACUUCUACCCUAAUGGAGGAUCAUUUCAACCAGGGUGCCAGCUGCACGUGCAAAACAUUUAUUCACAUUUAGCCCAGUACGGGAUUAUGGGAUUUGAGCAGACUGUGAAGUGUGCCCAUGAGCGCGCUGUGCAUCUCUUCAUUGACUCCCUGUUAAACAAAGACAAGCAGAUUAUGGCCUACAAGUGCAGCGACAACACAGCCUUCGAUAAGGGCUACUGCCUGGACUGCAGAAAAAACCGCUGUAACACUUUGGGUUAUGACAUCAAGAAAGUCCGCACUGGAACAAGCAAGAGAUUGUUCCUCAAAACCCGUUCACACAUGCCAUACAAAUUGUUCCACUAUCAGUUCAGGAUCCAGUUCAUCAACCAAACUGAUAAGAUCGACUCCACCCUCACAGUCUCUCUAACCGGGACACUGGGAGAAAGUGAAAAUUUACCCAUAACACUAGUUGAGGAGAUUUCAGGUAACAAGACCCUUACGUUCAUCACUCUGGAUACUGAUAUAGGUGACCUGAUGAUAAUGCGCUUUACCUGGGAGGGAAGCCCUAUGUGGGCUAACAUGUGGAGCACGGUUAAGACCAUGAUACCUUGGGGCAAAAGUAGCAGAGGACCACAGCUCACUGUAGGGAAGAUUACAGUGAAAUCUGGAGAGACCCAGAAGAAAACUACGUUUUGCGCACAGACAGAUGACAGCAUGUAUAUUGGGCCGUCGCAGGAGAAGGUGUUCGUGCGCUGUGAAAAGAAACGCGAGAAGCCGCAGCAGCGGAUCAUGAUGAAGCACGGCUAAAGCAGACUCACCUCACAUCCGGACUUACGGAUUUCCUGUAAUAUAUUCAUGUUUUAACUUGUAUUUUUUAAGAGAAAUUAAUGGCAAAAUGUAUACGGAUGUUUGAUGUUAAACAUGGAUAAGCGUGUAUCAGAUAUUUACAUUUCUCUCAUGCUAACCUGAAUGCUACCACACACCCUCUCGCUCUCGAUCCAAAAUCCUGCCAUCAAAUGUCAACAAACAAAGAGCGUUUUUUAUUGGCUGGAAAAGCACCCGCGCUCUCUCUAUUUUGCUUCGUUCAGAUUAUUUUAAAGGGUUAGUUCAACCAAAAAUGAAAAUUUCUGUCAUUAAUUGCUCACCCUCAUGUUGUUCCACACCCGUAAGACCUUCGUUCGUCUUCAGAACACAAAUUACGAUUUUUCAUAAAAUCCGAUGGCUCAGUGAGGCCUGCAUUGCCAGCAAGACAAUUAACACUUACAAUGCCCAGAAAGCCACUAAAAACAUAUUUAAAACAGUUCAUGUGACUACAGUGGUUUAACCUUAAUGUUAUGUAGCGACCAGAAUACUUUUUGUGCGCCAAAAAUAAACAAACAAAAUAACGACUUUAUGACCAUAUCUAGUGAUGGGCGAUUUCAAAACACUGCUUCAUGAAGCUUUCAAGCUUUCCGAAUCUUUUGUUUCAAAUCAGUGGUUCGGAGAUUGUAUCAAACUGCCAAAGUCAUGCCCCCCAGUGGUGAACCAUUGAAAUUUCGAAACACUAAUCACAUAACGAAGCUUCAAUUACUGAAAUCAUGUGACUUUCGUGCUCCGUCCGAACCACUGAUUCGAAACAAAAGAUUUGUAAAGCUUCAAAGCUUCAUGAUGAAGCAGUGUUUUGAAGUCGCCCAUCACUAGAUAUUGUCAUAAAGUCGUUAUUUUGUUAUGGAGAGACUCUCAGACUUCAUCAAAAAAUAUCUUAAUUUGUGUUCCGUCUUACGGUCUUAUGGGUGUGGAACGACAUGAGGGUGAGUAAUUAAUGACAGAAUUUUCAUUUUUGGGCGAACUAACCCUUUAAGAGCCUAUGGUGUUGCCAAGUUCGUGGUUUUCCUGUGAAAAAGGGCUACUUUUACAUUUAUUUUGAUUAGCAGUUGGGCAGGUUUUGUUGUGCAGACCUGGCAACCCUGAAUUUGACCCAUGAGUAAUAGCAACAACAGCAAAAGUGUAACAACUUACUUGGUACCUGAUAUAGCACUUGAACAUGGAUAAGAGCUGAUGUCUCUGUCUUUUUUUAAAUUUAAUUUCCCAACUAUUUGAAUCAGGUGGCUCCUUGGGCUUGGUGGCAUUAUAGGAUUGGAUAUACAUUUUUGACUGACUCUUAUCAGUCUCCCCACACCAGAGUGAACAUUGUCCCAUUUCAUAUAAUUUAUAAAAGUCAGGAUUCCUUUAAGGAUAUAUGAUGGCCUUGAGUUUCUGCCGCAACUACAUUCUUUAACUUAAAGAAAACAUCGUCUGUGCAUUUGUGUGCUGUAGGUAUCUUCAGUGUAAACAGCCUGUAAUAAAAUAUGUUAAAGUUUAAUAUGUUUGUUUUCAAUUGUCUGAAUAUGUAUGAAUGAAUUGUUCAUAAAACCCCCUCAUGAUAACACACCAUAAAAAAUAGGAAAGUUACAUCAGGUGCAUCAUGCACGUUUAUUUAUUUUGGUACGGGAUGAAACAUGACCACAGGACAGCUGUUUAUUUAGAGUGAAAAGUACCCUGGUUCAAAUCCUAACCUAACACUGGGGAAGAUUUAUCCACUUUCAAGUCAUUUGUAUGGCAUUACGAUAUAGAUGCUUUCUUCUAGUUAUCAUACAUCCUGAAAUACUUUUAGCCAUAUUAGGUUUUUUAAGCUAAAACUCAAUUCAAAUUUAACGAUAGUGGAUGACGUGUGACUGUAAUGGCUUGUUGAAGACUUCAUCAGCUGUUCUUUUGAAAUAUAUUUUUAUACACAAACCAAUUUAAAAACCAUGAACUAGUGCAGAUUUGCAGAGAAUACAGGCAAUUAAUAUGGUUUACUUCAACACAUGAAUAUAUAUUACCAGAUAGUGAAAGAAGCUUCUGAUCAAGACUAUUUUAUUAAUGCAUUUCAAGUACUUUAAAAAUUACAUUUUGUUGCACAAUACUUUUUGCAAAGUACUUAGUAAAAAUUUUCAAAAGUGAGCGCAAAAAGAAGAAAGAGAGAGAGAAAAAAAACUACAAAUGAAGCAAAAAAAAAAAAAGAAAA